UAAACAGGACCCGUGAGGUGCGGCCCCGCUGCGUCCGCUUCUCCGGCAUGCUCCAGGCGGGCUGCGGCGGCCGCGCCGCGAGCUGGGCGCCUACCUGAGGAGACUCCUGCGGCCCUCGGAUCCGCGUCCAGCGCGCCUCGCGCCCCGCCCCGCCCCGCCCGGCGCCGAGUGGCCGGCCGAGCCCCCGGCCCGGGCAGGGGGUGUGGCUGCCGGCCGCGCGGUCCGCGACAGGUGGGCAGCCCGGCGCGGAGCCCUCGGAGAGGCAGCCCCGCCUCGGGGCUCGCGUCUGCCCCUCGCGGCCGGGCCGAGCCCGGGGCCGCGGGAUUCCUCGGGCGCUGAGGGCCUUGGGCUAGCCGCCGGGUUCCGAGGUGCGUCCCAGGUGAAGCCCCGCCCCUGACGGGCUGCGAGGCCUUGGGCAGGCCAGCCCUCGUCCUUGGCCUGAGUUUCCCCGUCUGUAAAAUGGGAGUCUGGACUAGUGAUCUUCGAGGAUCUUCCCCGUCUGACGUGUGAUCGCGAGAGAGACCUGCAUACGGUGAAGCUGCCCGGGGGAAAGCAUAGCUUGAAGUCCAUGGCCCAAAAUGACCCUACCAGUGGAGACUCUCUUCUGUAAAGAAGACAGCCAGACAGGAGGCUGGGAUGAGCAUGCCACUGCAUCAAGUCUCUGCCAUUCCAUCCCAGGAUGCCAUUGCUGCUAGAGUCCACAGAAGUAAGGCCAAAGAAAAGGAGAGGGAAGAACAGAAUGAGAAGACUUUGGGACAUUCCAUGAGUCAUUCAAGCAAUAUUUCUAAGGCUGGGAGUCCUCCAUCAGCGUCAGCCCCCGUGUACGCCUUUUCUCGCACUUCUAUCACGCCAUCCAACCAGGACAUCUGCAGUUCCAGUGCAGUGUUUUCUGAGUGUUGUCACCACAGUCCCGUGCAGUCUGCUGUUGUCUUGAAAGCUCCUCAUUGCCAGAGUUCUCUGACACAAGGGCUCACUGUGACAGUUAUCUGUAAAGACACAUUACAGGCGUCAAAGAGAAAUUCCUUUGGUUCAGAACGGGUCCAGGCCUUGAAGCCUGAUAAGAAUACCCAAGCCAGAAGAACACUAAAGUUCUCAAAGUCCCUGAACGACGUGGGUGAGAGGGCCCAGCAUGCCUUGGAAAGUUUUGACUAUGUGGAAAGAACUUGUUCUGAAGGAAGAUUGAUACUCCCUCAAGAUACAGAUCUCAGAAUUAACAGGUUCCAUCAUAAAGAAAAAAGAACACUGAACCGCAAACCUGUUGGCAAUUCCAAACACUCUUGUGUUUCCUCUUCCCUUUUUGCCAAUUGUUCACCUGCUUCAGAAGUGGAAGCUGGCAAGAGGGACAUGCACGUCUCACUUUUGGAAGAGAAAACAGAUGGCGAGGCCGUGUCCAGAAGCCGGCGACUGCUCCGGUACCUGUUCUCGCUCUCGCAUGGCUCGAGCACCAGCAGCCUGCACAGGUUCCACGAGCUGGAGAGCUGUGCCAUCCACCUGCAUGCUGCCAAGUCCUCCAGUGGGCUGGCGGAGAGCACGGGCUUCUGCUCUGAUGAGAUGGGCGACGAUGAUGUCUUCGAGGACAGCACGUCCACCAAACUCAAGAGCAGGGUCCUGCGGGCGCCCCUGUGCUCAGCAGAAAAGGACAGUGACCUGGAUUGUCCUUCUCCCUUCUCUGAAAAGUGUCCCCCCAUAUCCCCUGUGUCCAUGUCAGGGGAUGCCUGCAGGAUCUGCCACUGUGAAGGAGAUGACGAGAGCCCUCUGAUCACCCCCUGCCGCUGUACCGGGAGCCUCCACUUCGUGCACCAGGCCUGCCUGCAGCAGUGGAUCAAGAGCUCUGAUGCGCGCUGCUGCGAGCUCUGCAAGUAUGAGUUCAUCAUGGAGAGCAAGCUGAAGCCUUUGAGAAAAUGGGAGAAGUUGCAGAUGACGGCCAGCGAGCGCAGGAAGAUCAUGUGCUCAGUGACAUUCCAUGUCAUCGCCAUCACCUGUGUGGUCUGGUCCUUGUAUGUGCUCAUUGACCGCACUGCUGAGGAGAUCAAGCAGGGGCAGGCAACAGGAAUUCUAGAGUGGCCCUUUUGGACUAAAUUGGUGGUUGUGGCCAUCGGCUUCACUGGAGGACUUCUUUUUAUGUACGUGCAGUGCAAAGUGUAUGCGCAAUUAUGGAAGAGACUCAAGGCUUAUAAUAGAGUGAUCUAUGUUCAGAACUGUCCAGAAACAAGCAAAAAGAAUAUUUUUGAAAAAUCUGCACUAACAGAGCCCAACUUUGAAAAUAAAGGUGGACGUGGAAUAUGUCGUUCCGACACAAACUCUUGUUGCACAGAGCCUGAAGACACUGGAGCAGAGAUCAUUCACGUCUGAUUGUGUAGAGGGUGUAGUUUUCCUAGACAUCCAUGAAGAGCUGAAGGAAAUUGUUUACUGCCAAUUGUGUACCUUUCUUUUGUCCUUUAAUAGCAUAGACUGGGCAGGUGACUGUUAGUGGCUUCUCUUUUCUGAACCUUCCUUAAUGAAUCUCUUGGAGAGCCCUCCCGUGGGUCAGGCAUGGCUGGGUCCCACCUCUGCCAGACUGCUCUGUGGGAAGGGAAGGAAAGGUGGAAGACCGUGUGAUGCCGUGAUGGGGAGCCAGCUGUGGUCCUGCCCAUGGUCUUGAGCAGAAUGAGACAAUAAAAUGCCAAACCUGAGGAAGAGCAGGAGCAGGGACGUCUGGGUCCAGCACACAGCCUCUGCCAGUUUGCUGCAGCCCUGCCCCAGAACAGAGCAUUUGGAAUGUCUAGCCGUGGCAAGAGGAUUCCCUCCUCACUAAGGGGAGCCCCAGGGAGGGGACUGAAACAGCCCUAUGAACCCAAACUCAUGCCCUCCCUCUGCCGAUGCUGCCACAACAGCCUUCCCGAGCGGAUGGGCCAGAUGUUCUGUGUAUGUUGGUGUGUGAUUCACUGAGCCAUCAGCACUUUACAAAAGACAGUCUUUAUUUUGUAAUACUUGUGUCCAGUGGGAUUGACACUUAAAAGAAUGUUUGUCUCAUUUAGAAGUCUUCCCUUCAUUACCCUUGUUAUCUCUUUUACAUUAUAAUAGAUCUAAAACCCUUUUUGCCUUAUAUAGUCUGAGAUGCGUGACAUCCACUCUGUGUCCAUAAGACAGACUUGGGACUUUAAAACAGGACAAACAAGUCUGAGGCUUUUUGUAACAGAUUUCAUGGGAAUUACUGGAUGCUAAAUAGCAAUUAGAGCAGAAUUCCUGUGGUUUUAAGCCUGUCUUAUCUUGAGUCCUUAUCUUGGGCCUGCCCUGUACAUUUCUUUUUUGUCAACACUGGGGAAGAAGCGAUUUUGAAAUCUAAAUGGAAGGAAAGCAAGUGAGAAAUUAGAACAAAAGUGAAUAUUUAAAAAAUACUCCUUUACAGACAGAGCUCCCCAAUUCGUGCAGGCUUUACACUGAAAGAAUGGCCUGUGCCAUCUGCCAUGCUGGCUUCUGCUGGAGAGGCUCCAUGGAGUCACUGCCGAGGGCUGGGAGGCAGGUGAGCUGGCUCCGGGACAAGGCCAGGCAUAAGCAGCAAACUGAAGGGGUCCACUGUGUCACCAUUCCCCUGCCACACACCCACCGAUCUGUUGCCUUAACCAGACUGACCAAGACCCUUUGGGGGCCGUUGGCCUCACUCUUGGUCCAUUCUGUCAUCAGGGACUACCUCCUGUUCAUUUUUCAUAAAACAAAAUCAAAAUCAUGACCAUCAAAUGGUCUUUGUCCCUUUAAAAAGUCUGAUUAAAAUUCUCUUUGUUAAAACCCUGUUUUAUAGUGCCAGACAAAUAGUCAACCCCAGGAAAGUAGGCCAGGAGCUCCUACAACACCGUGUGAGGAAACACCAGACAUUUACUCUCCAGGUGACUCUCAUCCAGUGGGUGGCAUCUGCAGAGCCUCCUGGGGUCGGGGGAGAUCCUGGGGGUCCUGCCCUCACCUCUCUCAACCUUAGGUGCCUGACCCGUCCUAAGGGGAUGAAGCAAACACAAGAUGAUUUCUUUGCCUUGCAGAGUGGAAGCCCUGUGGUUGGUUCUGAAGACCAGGUGGAGGCUGAGGGUCUCUCUCUGAGCAGGGGCUCAUGGCAGCAGGCUCUGUGCUGCCAUCUCCUCCCACCCAGUCCCUGACUCACUGGGAUCACAGGUCCCAGUCUGUGGAGCUGCUCUGCCAUGGCCUUCCUCUGUCUCCCAGGCCCUGUCCAGCCCAUGCCUUUGUCACUGUGCCCCAAAGUGCAAUUACCCAUGCCCCUUUUCAGUCUGGGGACUCCAGGCAGCCAUAGGCUGUCCACUCAGGGGAGCUGAAUCCCAGGUCAUCCCUGCUCAUAUCCCUUAAGAGUUGCCCAGGCAAGGCUCCUGGUUUGUACACUCGUCCCUGCCACCCUCCAACAGUGAUGAGUGGGUCAGAUGAAGACUAGGGUAGACUUUUAGUGUGACUGCUCACCCUUCCCCAAUCCCCAUUGAUCCCCUCAUGCUGAACUUGAAAAGCACGGACACUUCCUGUAGAGGUAGAGUGUGCUUAGGGAAGGAGAGCCCUGGGCAGCCCACCCAGUGUGGGUGGCACCCCCUAAUGGCAGAGGUGCCUUUAUAACUGUGACUCCUGGAUCACUCCUGUGCCCAGCCAGAGUCUCAUGUGAAGCCCUCCACCUUCUUUUCAGGAAGAUCUAACGUUGUCUCUUCCCCUCUGGCUGCUCUGUGGAUAAUCUGCUUAAACUCCUCCUCUCCUCCUCCUGGCCCAGCACACAGCCACCCCCUUGCCUUCUCCUCUCCUGCAGGUUCUAGUUCAGCACCUUGGAGCCCUCAGACCCUCCACCCAUCAUGACUGGCGGGAAGCACGAGGGCAAGGCUGUGCCGUGCUGCCACCUAGUGGGGGCAUCAGGUCUACCGUUGUUCCUUUAGUCUGUAAACUUGCCCUCUACGUUCUUUUGGGGGGGCUAUUUAUUCCCCCGUUUUCCCUCAUUUUGCACCUAGCUUUGGUGGGAGUAUGACAUUUGGCUGAACCUGGCAUGAGGUCUCAGGGCCUGGGGGGCUGGCUGGUACUUAUACGCCAGGCAUGGGAAGAGGGAGUGGUCUCGGGUGUCACCAGCAAACCCUCUACUUGUGUGCUUCUGACUUCAGCUGCCAGCAGUAAUUUGGUUUUUGUGCCCAAGUUUAUUGCAAGAAUUUCCUGGAAACCCUGUAAAAUGUGUCUCUGUACUCUAGGUCUCAAUGUCUCCCUCUUUUUUGCUUCAGUUCACUCUUUUCAGUCGUGUAGGCCUGGUUUCCAAACCUGCAGUAGUGCCCUACCUGGCCUCGGAUGUGCAGGCCUCAGGCAGCUGGGCCAGUUCAGGAGCCUCGGGUGAGGCCGCAUGGUCUGGGCUGCAGGGCUUGCGGGGCUGGGGGAGGGUUGUGGCAGCCGCUGAAGGUCCACCAUGCUGUGGAUGUAGCUGGACACAAGCACACAUUUGAGAUACUUUCCCUUUUAAAUCUGGUUUGAAACAUGCAGCUUCCAUCUCUAGCCCGAGGGAAGACCGAAACAUAGGGACAUGAAAACAUUUAUCUUUGUUUUGGAGGUAAUAGGUCAAGUUGUGCAGCUGAUCGAUGCACAGUUAGAUAAAGUGUUUUUAGGGAAUUGAUUGUUAAAAAAAAACAGAUUUACACUGGCCUGUGAGGUGUAGUUUCUAAAAGACACUUUACAGUUGACGUUUUUCUUAACCAAGAAAGUUUCUGGUCACCUAAAUAUCUAAUUUUGUAUCCUUUCACGUAUGUUCACUAUUUCUCAGUAUUACCACUUGAGUGAUUCUCUGUACGGGGGGUUGUUUGUGCUGUACACGGGGAUGUCUAAUU